UCAGCGUUCGAAGGCAGGGCGACAUCCUAUCAGCAAUGAGGAUCACAUUAAUACGACUAAGUCUACUAGGUCUACUUAUUCUGAAACUGUUGAUUCCUCCGACGGUGAUCUAAGGAGUGCUACAGGUCAUGGAGCCCCCUAUAGCGCGAUGCAACCACCUUCCACCCUCUCGACUCGGCGACAGAUACAAUUGCCCUCAAAAAGGCAAUUAGAAUGCACCCACACACAUGAUAAAGAGAAAAAGGAAAUGUACUGUAUGAUGACGAUGACGCGAUUCAGCCACAAUCAGAAGAUGACGGACUUGAAUGAACCGGAGGCCAAACUUGAAGCUCUCUUGGACAUCAUCAAUUCCUCUGCACGCCAAGCAAUCGCGGAAUACAAGAACACAGGUCAUGGGGUCCCUAGUGCCGAUGCAGCCACCUUCCACCCUCUCGACUCGGCGACAGAUACAAUUGCCCUCAAAAAGGCGAUUAGGCUGCUCGAGGGUGCAUACCACCAAUUGAGCACAAUACUGGCUCCCCCCCAACACACGCUGAUGAAUUUUGUUUUCAAUUACAAUUGGGCUUGCAUAGAUGUUGCCCUGCGGGCGCGCAUCGCAGAUGUGUUGGACAAACAUCCAGAAGGUCUUAACGUGGACAGGCUGGCUGAAGCAGUCAACCUCGACAAGAGCAAGACUGCGCGCGUCUUACGAGCUUUAUCCCUCAUGGGUUGCUUCAAAGAAGUCGCACCUGACGUCUUUGCAAACACUCGACUAUCCCUCAUACUCAAAUCAACAAACAACACUGGAUGUCUUGCAGGACUUCACUCUCAGGACGUUCCAAAAUACGCCGGAGUUCUCUAUGAGAGUAUGACUGACGAAGAAUUUGCUCAUUCACAUGAGCCCGACAAAGCACCCUGGGUAUUAGCCCUCAGGAAGGAGGGUAUGAAAGGUAAUAACCACUGGGAAUUGUUCAAGAAUAACGAUGAGAAACGAGAGGCAUUUCAAAGGGCCAUGCUUGGCCUAAAUGAGAUGGUGGGCGCUUCUGCAGUUCUGCAUCACUAUCCUUGGGAUAAUAUUUCAUCUGUGGUGGAUAUUGGAUCUGGCAUUGGGACAUUUUCCACCCCUCUGGCGAAAAUGUUCCCUCAUCUCAAAAUAACUAAUCAGGAUCUCCCGCAAGUUCUUCUGCAGGCACAGAAUGUAUGGAAGAAGACUGCUCCCGAGGCACUGCUAGACGGGCGCGUGGAGUUCGUGCCAUUCAAUUUUCUCGAGGACGUACCUGUUGCUGGGAAGGAUGUUUAUUAUUUAAGGAACAUUAUCCACAACUGGCCGGACCGCGAUGCAACGACGAUCCUUCGUAACAUUCGCAAGGUCAUGGGACUAAACAGUCGAGUGUUAAUUCAUGAUUGCGUGUUCUUUCACACAUUGCAGGAACCUGACAUUGGAACUGACGGGUUAAGCACUGCCCCUGAACCUAUGUUACCGAACUUCGGGGCAGGCGCUCACAGGUCGUACCAAAUGGACAUGACGAUGUGGCUUAUUCAUAAUACCAAGGAACGAACCUUGGGCGAGCUGAAGAUCCUUGGGGCCUCUGUUGGCUUAGUACUCACCCAGGUCUAUGAUCUUGUAGAGACAAUGGUCGUGGAGUUCAGAAUCGCUCAGAGCUGAUUCCAGAGACAAGUUCUUCGAUACGUGGUGUAUAUCAUUGUCUGCUGCCAUGAUUUACUGAAGACAACGAGA